UUACUACUUUUUGACAGAAUCAGAAAGCACGACAGGUACCACCUAUUGUUUUUAUUUUGGCUGCAAUUUGAACUGAUUCCACUAUAAUAAUAACUAAUAAGUAAUUAUUUAUGUAUUAAAAAUGGAAGGAAUAACAACUCUAAAUGGUUGUUGCGCUUGUUUAUCCACAAAGUACAAGUUAAAACCUAUGAACCAUGAGGAAAUAUAUAUUUACAAUAGACUGUUGUUGAAGGACUGCAUCAGAGAAACAAUGUUCAUAUGCGUAUUUUGCAGAACUCUCUUAAACAAAAUUAACAAAUUUAUCAAGCAGUGUGAGCUUGCUCAACAACUUAUGAAUAAUUUUAACAUGGAUAAUUCAAUAGAAAUGACAGCAAUACACAAUUUGUCAACAUCAAGUGUUGAGCUAAAUUAUUAUUUAGGUGAUGAGUUGAUGAUUAAAGACGAAGAUGAUGUAUUUGACGAUGACAUUCCAUUGAUUUUAUUGAGCAAUAAUAGCGAUAAUUGUGAGCUUGAAGACGAAACAUCAGACCAUUUGAACGUUAACAGCUUAAAAGAAGAGAACAGUGUGGAUAAUUUACAAGAACUUGAAGUAAAGGAAGAUAUUGAUUUUCUUGAAGACGAAACAUCAGACCAUUUAAAUGUUAACAGCUUAAAAAAAGGAAACAGUGUGGAUAAUUUACAAGAACUUGAAGUAAAGGAAGAUAUUGAUUUUGAUAUAAAUAUCACACCUACAGGGUGUUUCGAUAAAAAAUUAUACAAAAAUAAAGGUAAAAAGAAAAAUAAAACAACAAUACCAAAUGGAUUCUCUUCGCGAAUGGUGAGAGAGACAGACGAAUAUACUGUCAUAAAGUUGACUAAAGAACAGGUUCUUGAAGAAAUGGAAGCGAAUCGAAAAACGGAAAAAUACAAUAUGGCGCCAUACAAAUGUGAAAAAUGUGCAAAGGGUUUUAAUUUCGAAGAUGUUCUUUUGUCGCAUUUGGAAAAGCAUUCACCGGCCAGUAAAAUGCCACCAACGAAUCGAAAGAAAAGAGGAGAGUCUUGGACAGAAGACACAAUGAGGGCUGCAAUCAAUGCUAUACAAAGGGGCCAACUCACACAGAGAGCUGCCUCUGAAAAGUACAAUAUACCUCGUAGGACUCUUAGAGAUCACUUAAAAGAUGGAAAUGCUAAAAAACGUUUUGGAAGAAAACCUGUUUUUUCUGAGAAUCAAGAAGCAGACUUAGUCGCAAGAAUAAUAAGGUUUGCCAAAAUUGGUAUGCCUCUAACACCAAAAUUUAUAAAAAAACAGGCUUUUCUUUUCUGCGAGAAAGCUGCUGGGAAAGAUUGGCUCAGAUCUUUUUUAAAACGGAAUCCGUCGAUUAGCAAAAGGAAACCACAGAUAAUGAAUCCAGCAGGAGCACAAAAGUUAAACAAAGCUAGUGUGCAACAACAUUUUGAAGUAGUAGAAAAGUUAUAUGAUGAUUUAGAUAUCCGAGAACAUCCUGAGAGGCUUUACAAUAUGGAUGAGAAAGGUUGUCGUAUAACAGUACAUAACCAGCACACCGUUUUAGCUGAAAAGGGUAGUAAGAGAGUUCACCCCAUUGCUCCCGAAAACGCUGAAAACGUCACGAUAGCGAUGUGUGUAAAUGCCGUCGGUACGGCAAUCCCACCGAUGAUACUGUUCAAAGGACAAAGGAAAAGAGCUGAUUUAAAGAAAAAUGUCCCAAAUGGAACAUUAGUACAAAUGGCUCCAAAGGGGAGCAUGACGUCAGACUUGUUUGUCGAAUUCAUUAAGCACCUAGCAAAAUUCAAGGUUGCUGGAAAAUGUUUGCUGAUAUUCGAUGCUAAAUGUCACCUAUCAAUAGAAGCACUUGAUGAAGCUGAGAAAAAUGAUAUAGUUUUAUAUUGCCUCCCCUCUAACACCACACACGAACUACAACCGUUGGAUAAGUCUGUAAACAAGUCUUUCGAACACCACUGGGAUGAAGCUGUCUUAAACUUUUUGCACGAAAACCCCAAUGAAAUAUUAACAAAGGCCACAUUUAACCAAUUAUUUACGAAAGUCUGGUACAAGUGUAUGACAUAUAAUAAUAUCGUUAAUGGUUUUAAAGCAACAGGUCUCUUUCCUUUCAAUCCGGAGGCAAUUCCUGAAGAGGCAUACGCCCCAUCGGUUUUGACGGAAAUUCCGUACCCUCAGAUUGAAGAUAACUCUGUUCAGAACGCAGGUCCUCCAAAUCAAAAUCAUUCAACGCAGGAAAUAGAUCAGCCAAUGCAGGACAUACGAGAUAAUGACGAAAAUUCUUACAAUCCAUCAUAUUCUUCAUUCCUUUCAUCUGAUAAGCAGCCUGUGAACUUUGACAACUACCAACAUAAACCAGGGUUUCCUAGUUGUGAACAGCUCAGUAAAAAACCAAGAACAGAUUACAAUUUUCCAGUUGAGUCGUUGGAUGCCGUUCGAGACAAUAGUGGAGAAAAAUUUCGUCUUGUGGAUUAUUAUAGCUCAUCUACAGAAUUUUCAGAAGGGGAAGAUACAAGAAAGGAAGAACAUAAUGUUCAAUGUGCUUCAUCAUCUUCCAUCUUGUCAUCUAGUUGUUUGGAAUUAAAAGCAAGUUGUUCAGGAUUACAAAGAAACAGAGAAAUUAGCCCUGUUCCCAGUACUGAAAGUUCCGCUGAGGGUUUUAUCAAUCAACAGCACAAAUCUAAGCUUUCAGUUGCUGAUGUAUACAGUGGUUUGUCAUCUGAAGAAUUUGAAAGUGAACAUGUUAUGUUAAGUAGAAGUAACGUUACACCAAAAAAACAACCUACUAAUUAUUCAUUGCCAAACUUUAACAGAAUUAGUUCUGGCGACUCUACUUGCUCGCAUGAGAGUGAAGACAAUAUUCCAUUAAGCUCGCUUAGGAAACAAAAUGACAAAAUGUCAUUUCAAGAACUUUUCCCAACGCCAAACUACGCAAUAGUUAAAAAUGAACGUCCGCGUAAAAAGGCGAUGAACUACAAAGGCCAAAAAAUUACUAAAAAUCUGUUUAUGGAAAACAAAAGAAAAGUAAAAGGGCAAAAGGCGAAUAAAAAGAACAAAACACAAAGGAAUUAUGACGAAACUAUAAAACGAGAAUAAGAAACCAAAUAAGAAAGAAAAAAAGAUUUCUUCCAAAAUAAAUGAUGAUGCAGAAGAUUGGUAUUGUCAUGCAUGCUGUGAAUAUGUAAUGUUAGCUAUGCGACAGUGUACCAUUUGUUUUAAGAGGUAACAUGAAGACUGUGUUGGUCUUACCAAAGAAGAAAAAGAGUUUGUUUGCUCAGACUGUUAAACUAAGUGUCAUAGUAAUUAAGACGUCAAUAAAUAAGCAUUUUAAUGUAGUUUCUAAGUUGCCAGAUCUCACUAUAAGAUUUUGUUUGUUGCUUUUAGUGGGCGUUAUUGAUCUUACCCCUUAAUUUUUUCGGGCGCUUUUGCACUCUACAGUUUAAUAACGCCCAAUGUAUGGAAAGAAAAAAAAAAUAGUUUUUUUUGUUUAAAGUAUGGUAGAUGAUUACUAAUGUUAACGUUGAUUAGUUAAACUAAAAUAAAAAAGUAUAAAAUCGUUACAACUAGACGAAACAAGUCACUUUAUGUGUGUUACGAAUUUUACAUAAUUAAGACUAGCUUACGCCCGCGACUCCGUCCGCGCGGAAAAAUUAAGAUUUAUUUUUUUCUACGAAUUUUUCCGGGAUAAAAAGUAUCCUA